UUUCAGCGUCUCUGCCGAACAACCUUUUAGACCCAAAAGCCCGUCUCUCGCUCGCCUGCUCUAAACUUUUCUCUGCAAACUUUCUCGUCCUCUACAAAAAAAAAAAAAAAAAAAAGAAGAAGCGAAACGGUAGACAAAUGGCGUCGUUCAGCGAAGCUCCUCCUGGCGAUCCAAAGGUGGGAGAGAAGAUCUUCAAGACCAAGUGCGCUCAGUGCCACACCGUCGACAAAGGCGCCGGUCACAAGCAAGGGCCCAAUCUGAAUGGCCUCUUUGGAAGGCAGUCUGGUACUACACCUGGGUACUCUUACUCCGCUGCUAACAAGAACAUGGCUGUGAAUUGGGAGGAAAAGACGUUGUAUGAUUACUUGCUGAACCCCAAGAAGUACAUUCCUGGGACUAAGAUGGUAUUCCCCGGACUGAAGAAGCCGCAGGACCGUGCUGACCUUAUUUCAUAUUUGAAGCAAUCUACUGCAUCCUAAAUAUCUAAUACGUGUAGUUCCCCAAUUCCAUUUUGCAGUUGUUGGAGAUUAUUUCUCACCACCGUGCGGAUGAAGUACUAUUUUUUACCAAUAAAUUAGACCAACUAGGUCUGCAAUGCUGUUUUGUUAAUUGAUCAUUGCAUCUCAAGAGGUUGCCGUAAUUGGCAAAUGCAACAUCCAAUUCAAUUAGCCGUUUGUGACUUAUCUCAUGAAUAUUUGGGGUGGAGGAACAGUUUGAUAAUGAUUAUUUUUGUUAGCUUCUUGAUGAUA